UGGAGAUUAGCUGUUUUGUAUGAAAAGUCAGCGACUCUUUCUUUCUUUCUCUCUCUGUUUCUUUCUUUCUUUGUUCAAAACUCAGAACCCAUUUCUCUCUCUGUCUUUCUCUAUUCCUUUUGUUUGUUACUGAAACGAAGAAGAAGAACAAGAACAAGAAACGCCCAGUAGUUGUAACCUUGCAGUGAGAAAAUCCCUGUUUUUGUUUUGUUUUGUUUUAUAUGCUUCUUCUCUCUUUUCUUUAUUCAUCAUUCUUUGCUUCCUAUCUUAGCUAAUAACUCAAAACCACAAAAGACCCAUCUUCUCAAAACAUCAAUAUCCCUUAAGGAUAGCAAGAAAUUAAAGAAAAAGAAAAACCUUAUCUUUUUAAAAAAAAAUUUGCAUGCCUUUAUUGGGUGCAAGAAAGUACACAGAUAACACCAAAUUCUCUCCUUCUUACUCUAUCUCUCUCUCUCUCUCUCCCUUUUCUUACCUAUAUAGGUAUACAUGUAUUUGGUGUCUAGAUAUGGAUUGAUUCUGGUGUAUUAGUAUAAUAUGUGCAGCUUCUUUGGCUUGGAAAUGGACAACUACCAAGGUGAUUUAACAGAUAUACUUAGAGCAAGCGGUACCAGCACUGGCGGCGCUUUAGGCCAAUCGGAUGGACCUGCUGCAGCUCUUUCAAACUGGGAAUUCAAUUGUGACCCGCUCGGUAAUCUUUCUUCAGCUUCGGCUUUGGAAGAUAACAGCAGCAGCAGCAGAGAUAAUGAUAAUAACAACAACAAUAAUAAUAAUGUUUUUGGUGAUCCUUUUAUUAACAUGAGAGAUCCACUUCUUCAUGAGCUCAAUAACGUUGUUGCCUCCGGCUGUUCAGCCUAUUUUUGCAGCACAAAUUCUACAGAUCAUUUGCUUAGUACUACUGCUGGUACUAGUAUUGAUGAUGCUUGUAAUUUUCCUGGUGCAAAUAGUAGAAGCAGUCAUCAUCAUCAUAAAGUUUUUGAAGAGGAGAUAAACAAUAAUAACAAUAGCAAUAAUAGUCCUUGCAAUAUAUUUUCAAGGAUUCAGAUCUCCCAGAAUAAUUCAGCUGCUAAGUUGCCUGUUUCUCCAUGCGAUUCUCCGGUGAUAGCUGCUGCUGUUUCUCCCAGGGGUUUCAAGGCUUCUCCUAUGGUUUCAAUUGAUAUGAUUAACACUAAUACUUCAAAAAAUUGCUUGAUUGAUAACACUGGACAGAUGCAGAUCUCUUCUCCGCGGAAUCUGGGCAUCAAGAGAAGAAAGAGUCAAGCAAAGAAGGUGGUUUGCAUACCAGCACCAGCAGCUGCAAACAGUAGGCCAAGUGGAGAAGUAGUUCCUUCUGAUCUGUGGGCAUGGAGAAAGUAUGGUCAGAAGCCUAUCAAGGGUUCUCCAUAUCCAAGAGGGUACUAUAGAUGCAGUAGCUCAAAGGGUUGCUCAGCAAGAAAACAAGUGGAGCGUAGCCGAACUGAUCCUAACAUGCUAGUCAUUACUUACACUUCUGAGCACAACCAUCCAUGGCCAACUCAAAGGAAUGCUCUUGCUGGCUCAACAAGGUCACAGCCACCAAAGAACAAUGCUGGUUCUUCGAAGAGCUCACCGACCUCUCAUCCUCAAAAGACAACAUUAAAUACAAAAGAACAAAAGGAAAGCAGCAAUGAUACAUUUUCUCCUAGUAACAUGGUUGCAGCUGCCAGUGCAUCAGUAAAAGAGGAGAUUGAGGAUAUUCAUGAGAAGCAUAUAAUGGAGAUGGAGGAUGCCGAUCAGUUCAGUAGUGAUGGCUUUCCUCAGAGUAGUAGUUACAGGCCUACAAUGCCAGAUUCUAGUCAAUCUGAAGAUUUCUUUGCUGAUUUGGGAGAGAUAGAAGCAGACCCUCUUGAUCUUUUGUUUAGUCAAGGGGGAUUCAGCGGAGAUCAUGAGCAGAAAGGAAGCAAGGGUUUGGAUCCAUUUGGUCUUUUUGAUUGGUCAGAAGACACCAACAACAUCUCAUUUGAAGAAGCCAAGAGGGAUUUAUAACAAGACCUCCUUUCAACUGAAAAUAGACUGUUUGAAGAAAACAAGUAUGUAGUUAUAUCGUGGUACAAUCUAUCUGCUAAAAAACCCUUGUCUUUUUGGCUGUGAAUUUCAUGUGGAGAGGAUGAAGAGGAAGAGAUGAGGAAGGUUUUUCUUCUUCCUUCUACUUUCAUUUAAAUUUUUUCUUUUUCUUGUUAUUUACCAGAACAGUCAGGGAAGUUUAGGGAAAAAGUUAAAGAGUAAAAAAAAGACGAGAAGAGAGAGAGAGAGAGAGAGAGAGAGAGAGAGAGAGAGAGAGAGACAGUGCUGGUUGAUUGGGAGCAGAAGCAAUGGAGUCCCACAUUCCUUUUGGAAUAUUGGUGGAUGGGACAGAAAGCUGAGGAACAGAAGGUUUGAACAGUUAAAACAAGUACAUCCAUCAGACAUGACUGGAAAGCUCAGCAAAGGAUAGAUUGAUACAAGGAUGAAAGAAAGAUGGGACUUGCCCUUCUCUCUCUUUCAUCUUUUCUUUUCAAGUGGGAUUAAUUAUUCAAUCCUUCACUCUCCUUUGAUCAUGUGGGCAUUCUUUAAAGAAACAAACAAACAAACACCAUAUAUUUUUUUUCUUCUUCCUUUUGUUCUUUUCUCCUCUUAAUAUUAUUUUGUAUCGCUGUGAUGAUGGGAAAUAAAAAUGGAGAGGUGAAAAAGAAGGAGAAGAAGAUGAUGACAAAGAGUAAAAUAAAUAAAUGAUUUAAAAAAUGCUUGACUUUUCCUUAUCAGUCUUUCUCUAGGAAUGUGUAAAGAGAGAUCUAUUACAGGCUUUGGGUUCCUCAGCUUUCUGUUUUUCUUUUAUUAUCCACCUAAACUUUCUA